GCAUACGUACACGAAUGGAAAUCCCACAAAGUCUAGCCAUUGAGAGUUUCUCACAGAGUUGGUUAACAAGCCUGAACUCUUCUCUGCACGGCCUCGGGGAGUCCCUCAGGCCAUCUCUUGAUCAUCAUACUCCCUUCAACUUUCCCAUCUCUCAAUCCUCCGAUGAUGUUCAUCUUGUCCAUGCGGACCAGCUUUUCUCCGACGGCCUUAUUAGACCCUUUUUCAACAGCAGUACACCAAUAAAUCCGAUUCAAGCCACGCCUUCUGCUUCAUUUACUUCAAGAAGCUCGAAUAUCGUUCCGACGAUUGAGAUUCAUUGCAGUUUCUUUCGGAGAUGGAGAAAACCAUCCGUCCAAAUAUUUGUCCGGUGUUUCAAAUGUCUGAUCAGACCGUUUCGCCUUCAACUUCAAGUAAGACGUUCCAUAAAAGGCAGUAGCAGAGUUGAUGAUAUUGAUAGGAGAGCAUUACAGUAUUCAAGGGCUGAUCAUUGCUAUGAUCUUGUUACAGACAAUUCAAUCGAUGAGGCUGUUCUUCACUGCAAAAGAUCAAUACUAAAUAAGUGAAGAAUUUGCAGGAAAUAAAGGAUAAAGAAAUGCAGUUUCUACAGGUGUAACGAAAGACAUCAGCGCGUACAAUCUCUUCUCUGGGCCAAAUAUUACUCCGUCCUGUUCACUCUUUGUUGUAUGCGAAUCUGUAUUCUUAGAGGAGAUGCUUCAAUUGUUGUUUAAAAUUAUAUUU